CCUAAUUUUGAUGUCCUCUAAUAAUCAUAACCUUCAAUCUUAUUGGUUGAAUGAAAGUUCUGUCAAUAUUAAAACUAUACUAUUGGUUAAAAUUAUUUUUUGAGUCUCGCGGACUAAAAUGGCCGCAGUGUUGAGUGUUGUCUUCAUGCUUGAGGAGUGUGGUGUAAGGUUUUUUUAAUGUUUAAAGGUUUUAUGUUAUUAUAUCAUCAUUUUUUAUAAAUUCAUGAACAAAAGUUUAAUUUAGAAUAAAUCUUAAUCGAUAAACACGAUGUCUGAAAGUACUAGCCCUAGUGUGUUAAGUUAUCUAAGACAGUACAGGUUUCAAAAGAAACCAACACCUGGAUCCAGCACUUCCUUGACAGUAACUUCAUCACCAUCCAGCUCGCAACAUCUAAUCAGGAUGCCCGCGCCAGCCUUACCGAACAGUAAGAGUGCACCAAUAGUAUACAAGCGCAUCAGAAUUUUGGACUCGGACUCUGAUGACUCCUCCCCUGCUAAGAAACCAGCUCAGGUUGUGGAAUUGACCACUGCGGUGAAGGAGAGGAGAUUUCGGAACAUGAUGGAAAUGUUUCCAGAUAUAUCACCAUUAUUUGUUAAAAGCACACUAGUAAAACAUGGCUGGAAUGAAGAGAGAUCUAGAGAUGAACUUCUCAAACACGAUCCAGAAAGUGAAUCAAAUAACACUGCAGUCUCCAAACCAGGGUUGUCCAGACCAGGGUUCUCUGGUCAGCUUGCUCGACCAUCCAACGGCAUGAGUGCGGUGAGAGUGACCAGUGGUCCCAGUGUGCCCAGUACGGUGGUCAGAAAACCACUGGCUGCCAAAGGUGGCAGGGCAAGAAGAGGAAGCAGUGGUAGUGAGGAUGAUGACUAUGGAGUGCGGAAAGGAAAAGAUGAUAGAGUUUAUGAUAGUGACGAUUCAGACAAUGAAGUGACAGAUGACUUGAUUGGAGACAAGAAGAAAGUGUAUGAGUUUCUGAACACCAGCACUCUGAAUGAGCUCACCCAGCUCAGUGGGUGCUCACAGAAGAAGGCCGAGGCCAUCAUGUCACAGAGACCUUUCAAUGGAUGGCUAGAUAUGGUGGAAAAGUUCAACAGCAACAAGAUGUUGAGCACGGAACUCCUCAACUCCACCCAAGAGCUGCUGUGUACGAGGAACAACAUACAGCGGCUCAUGAAGAAGUGUGUGGGGCUCGCGCAGCAAUUGGAGGCAGCGGUUGCAGCGGGCGCUGGUCGGUUGAGGCAACCAGCUUCUUUGUCUACUAGUUUAAAACUCGCUCCAUACCAGUUGGUGGGCCUCAACUGGUUGGCAGUUUUACACAAGCAAGGUGUAUCGGGGAUCUUGGCCGAUGAAAUGGGACUGGGGAAGACUGUUCAAGUGAUUGCCUUCCUCGCACAUCUGAAGGAGACGGGGCAGGCUCGGGGCACCCAUUUGAUUGUUGUACCUGCCUCUACAUUAGACAACUGGAGCAGCGAGCUAGCGCGCUGGUGCCCGGCGUUGCGCGUCAGCAAGUACUACGGCAACCCUGAGGAGCGCCGGCAACUGCGCAUCGAGUACUCCAGAGGGUUGGAAAAGAUAGAUAUUGUUCUUACCACCUACACAAUGGUCAGCAGUUGUCCCGAAGAGCGCAAGAUGUUCCGAAUAACGCCGCUGCACUACGUGGUGUACGACGAGGCACACAUGCUGAAAAACAUGUCCACACAGAGAUACGAUAAUCUGCUCAAAAUUAAGUCAAAACACAGGUUGCUGCUGACAGGCACUCCCCUACAGAACAACCUGAUAGAGCUGAUGUCUCUGCUCUGUUUCGUGAUGCCUCACAUGUUCUCGGGGAAGACCGACGACCUGAAGAACUUGUUCCAGAAAAAUUCCAAAGCGAAGACAACAAAAAAAGCUGAAGGCAAUGCCGAAGAUGACGUACCGGCGUUUGAGCAAAGCCAAAUAACACAAGCGAAGAGGAUCAUGAAGCCGUUUGUGCUGCGCCGACUCAAGAACGACGUGUUACAAGACCUGCCGAAGAAAACCAACCACACAAUACUGUGUCCUAUGUCGGAGAAGCAACAGAGACAGUACAAGGAGCUCAUCGCUGGCUUCUCAGCUAAGGAUGGAACUGUAAGUCUUUUGUUUAUUAGCAAGAACAACAUGUUACAAGACCUGCCAAAGAAGACCAACCACACCAUACUGUGUCCUAUGUCGGAGAAGCAACAGAGACAGUACAAGGAGCUCAUCGCUGGCUUCUCAGCUAAGGAUGGAACUGUAAGUCUUUUGUUUAUUAGCAAGAACAACAUGUUACAAGACCUGCCAAAGAAGACCAACCACACCAUACUGUGUCCUAUGUCGGAGAAGCAACAGAGACAGUACAAGGAGCUCAUCGCUGGCUUCUCAGCUAAGGAUGGAACUAUACAUUCAACAGUGGAACAAAACGGCAUAUCCAUGAUGAUGGAAAUGCGCAAACUAGCCAAUCAUCCUUUGCUACUGAGAUUCUUCUACGAUCAGAACACUACCAGGAAAAUAGCCACCCGACUGGCCAAAGACCCUAACUACAAGGAGAAAAAUGAACAGUAUGUGUUCGAAGACCUCAUGUGCUUGUCUGACUUUCAAAUGCACCAACUCACCCAACAAUAUCAUAGUAUUAAUGGCUAUGCAAUACCAGACCCGCUGAUAGAGGACUCCGGCAAGUUCUCCAAGCUGGACGAAAUGCUGCCCAAACUGAAGGAGGAGGGCCACAGAGUGCUGAUAUUCAGCCAGUUCACCAUGAUGCUGGACAUCUUCGAACCUUACAUGCAGCUGCGGAACUAUCGCUACCUGAGGCUGGACGGCAGCACUGCUGUGAAUGACAGACAAGAGCUAAUAGACAUAUACAACACGGAGGACGUGUUCGUGUUCCUGCUGUCGACCAAGGCGGGCGGGCUGGGCAUUAACCUGACUGCGGCCGACACCGUCAUCAUCCACGACAUCGACUUCAACCCCUACAACGACAAACAGGCGGAAGACAGAUGUCAUAGAAUGGGUCAGGUGAGACCGGUGACCAUCUACAGGCUUCUCAGUGCAGGCACCAUAGAGGAGGGCAUCUACCAAGUGGCUCAAGAGAAACUCAACCUAGAGAAACACGUUACUGGCGUUGAUGAAAAUGAACCUACAGAACAAAAGAACGUAGUUCGCCUCCUGUCGUCCGCUCUCGGCCUGAGCACGCCCAGCAAAUGACAGGCCGCUCCCGAGGGCGUCAUCGUCAUCGAAUAGUGACCAGCGCUCCGCAGUCAACAGUGACAAACACUCGUCAUGACCCGUGACAAACAAUCGUCAUGACUCGUACCAACAUUCGUCAUGACUCGUGACAAACAAUCGUCAUGACUCAUGACAAACACUGGUCAUGACUUAAGACAAUAUAGUGAUCGAAACAGUGAUACAGUGCAAGUGAAUUAUUGUAAAUGAAUAAAUUCUGAUGCUUUCUUUUGUCCAUUCUCUGGCAUGUCAGACACACUCAUGAUGAUAUAUGUCAUCACAUAACAAAAAUAGUAUUCAAAACUGUUCAAGCUAAUGUUUAUUAUUAACAAAUUGUGCAAAUUUGUUACAGUAAAUGAUAUGAAUAAAAUUUUUUUUUAGAAAUCUUGAACUGACAUUGUAUUUAAUAUUAUAAAUGUUGAAAAUGUUUGUAUUUAAAAUAAUAAAUGUGAAAGUUUGUAAAGAGAUUUGUAUGUUUAAUGUGUAUUGAUUUAUGUGAAAAUAGUGACACCAAGUUUUAGGAUGCGUGAACAACACAUAUGGCGAUAGAAGGACAUAACGUCGACCAAUAGCGGCGGAUUCCAAGAUAUAGUUAUCUCUUUCGUUGCGAUAUUUUCGAUCGUUCUGCUAUUGUUACAACAGGGUUACUUUCCUCUGCAGUUGUCGCUGACGCAUCUUAAGCCUUUGUGUAUAAAUAAAUAGGAUAUGUUUUACCUCAAGACCACAAAUGUUAUGCAAUUUCAUUUAGAUUAUAGAGUUUGUACCCACCUUGCUGCUCUGAUGUGAGUUGGCUUAUUUAGGGUAAAUAAAUUAUUGUAACAAUAUCCAUUAAUAUUGAUAAUAUAAAAUCUGGCAUAAGGAAUAUAUACCCUCAUUUGUUAUUUAAUUGGGAUAAGAAAUAAAUGAUACAAAAUAUUCACAUUGCACAUAGGUUGCCUAGUUAAAUUGCGACCAAGCAGUAUUAAAUAAUUAUUUUUUUAAAUAUAUUUAAACUCUUUCCCUCAUUGGUUAAUUUAAAAAAACGUACUAGAAUAUAUUCUCAAAGGAAUUGAGAAAGUAAAGGUUGUUUGCUUUCACACUGCAACUGUGGGGUUGCCAGAUAUAAACAUUUAAGUAAUGUUAUUUAUAUAUUUCAUCAGUUAUUUAGUCGUCUAAUAUUAAGUCAAAUGAAAGCUUUAUGCUUUAAUUUAACUGAAUUAAGUAUCUUUUGAUUAACUUCUUAAUUUUUGGUUUCCUAGAUUUUGUAUGAAAAAUGUGAUUGGCCGCAAUUUAACUAGGCAACCUAUUUGCAAUGUGUCUCUGUGAACAUUAUCAUUUAUUUCAUAGCACUAAUGUAUAACAGAUGAGGGUAUAUAUAUGUAACUUGACCUGCUAACUGAGCUGCUACUAAGAAUUUGAAUUAAUCAAAGUGUCGAUUCAUACUAACCUACAAUCUCCUAUUAAAAAGUGGAUGCACAAUCAGCGAUCAAAAAACGUCCCCACUCAAUGAGUACCCAAACUCAACUUUUUGCUAAUUCAACCUUAAACUCAAUGCAUAAGGUUGAAUUUGAUGUGAAUUUAAGAUUUUAUUGAAUAUUGGACUAUAUUUAAAGGCCUUUAGGUAUAAUUUUCUUUACCAAUAAUUCUAAAACUGUCAAAGCAAAAUUAGCCGGUUUUUAAGUGAAAUUUUGUACAUGAUUGUGUGUCCUUUUAUUAUAAAAGGUCAAUGAUACUAACACAGUCAAUGGAUUGAUGCGUCAAAUUGUUCACAUUCAAAGCGAAGUUAGGCGAAAGUGCAGCAAAUUCACACGUCUGUAAUUUAUCUCGUUUUAAAAGUGGUAAAAGCAUUUUUAAUUACAAAAAAAAAUCUUUAGAAAAAAAGUUUACUUGAAUAAACAAUUUUUUUAGAUUUUGAUUCGAUUUCAGAAGAAAUAUGUGCAUUAUUUUGGAGAUAAGGGUGAACACUUCAAUGCACUUUUUACUCUUUGCUAGGACAAGUUGAUCCAAUGAGAAAUUCAAUAUCCUUUUACAGUUCUGCCAGCUAAAAAGUUCUAAUUAUACAACACAAAAAAUGUCCAAUUUACUUGUUUCCUUUUAGAUUUUGAAAUUCAAAUUUAUUUAGAUUUUGUUAAAAAAAGAAUAUUUAUAACAUAAUUGCACGUAAUAUCCAAUCACAGAAUUCUGAAUGUUGUAAAAAUACAUAAUACUAAUUAACUAAUUAUUGUAAACUUUAUUUAAGAAAUGUACUGCCUGCUUUAAAACAAUAUAGAGACUGGUAUAUAUUAAGGCGGUUAAAAUACACUUAUAUGAUACUAUCUGAUUAUUUAAACAUAGGUUUUUGUAUAAUAUAUUAACGUUGCCUUGGUAAUUAUUUUUCAAUACAAAUUGUGUCAGUACAUUGAUUAUGUGAUGUGACAUUUUGUAUGUACACUUAUAUAUCUUGAAAUUGCCUGAUGUAAAUAAAUUCAUGAAAUUGUUAGAUUAAUUAUAAUAAUAUAAGACGAAAGGAGGUUGGCGAAAGUGGGAGUCACACUCUAAAUUGUCGUACACUCAUAAAUUUGUAUCGAUUAUAACUAUUAUUUUGUAAGAUGCUUGUAUAAAAAAUAUUGAGAUUCUACAGAACGGGAAUCAACAGAAAAAAAGUGCAUUUUAUUAACAAAAAAGUCGUCUGCAAAAACGCCUUGUUGUAUUUAUAAAGCAAUCACGCAGUUGUAUGUCAGCGGUGGUGUUUUUCACAUUCAUGUAUAUAUAGAGUACCUACUAAUUUAAGGUAUAAAUUUUUUCCCUGUUUUUUAAGACUGCUUACCAUUUACUUAUUUCUUAGUUAAAUCAUGAUAAACAACUAUUAAUAGGUUUCCAUUAUGCACGCUACUUCUAUUAGCUAGUCCCAAAAUACAUGCAAUCUCGCCAUUCUCCUUUCCGCCACAUAUACAGUAACUCAUAAAUUGAAAUUGUAUCAAGUGUUUCAACCUCUGUCUAUUGUCGUAUACUAAUAUAUUACUUUUCUAUAUUUUCUUCAAAAUAUAUUUUAAUUUCAAUAAUCAUCAAAUUAUUUUAUUUAUGUUUAAAGUAAUGCGUACGCCUCACGUACGUACAUGACGUACUAAUAUUGAUAUAAAACACUUUUCAUCCAUUAAACAGAUGGGUCAGUGUUACCAACUCUCCAAAAUAUUUAUCCCUAAAGUUUGCCCCUAAAAUCGCCUUAAUUAUUGAGUAUUCCCCCUAAAAAAUAUAAAUUCAUAAUCAUUUAGAAAUAAUAUGCUGUAAUAUAUUUCAAAAGUCUAUAUUUAAUACAGACAAAAUAUUUCGUCUUUAUCUGAAGAUUCAGACUUUUUGAAAUCAUACAUGUUAACAAUGAAUAAAUUUAACAAUUUUUUUUAUUCGAUUAAAAUUUGCCGCCAGUUGCCUCAGAGUGGUUGUAGAAUAACGUAUUAUAUAUCGUUAUAAGUCGCUAGGUCAAGAAAGAAAUAUUAAAAUUAUCAUGAACUUAAAAAUAUUAAAGAGUCAAAAAAUCCCUGAAAAUACCCCUAAAAAAAUCCCAUUUCACUUAUUUGCCCCCUAAAUCGGGGGGAAACCCCCUAAGCUGGGAACCCUGAUCUGGGUGAAGGUCGUUUCUAAUACGGAUCUUCUACUAGUAGAAGCAUCAUUUUACAUGAUUAACACUCUGACAUCCUUCAUGAGGAACAGAAAUAAUCUCAUAAUUAAUUUAAUUUAUAUUGAUUUACGUAUUUCUAGCACAGCCAAAUAACUUCAAAUUAAAAUUAAUUGUGUAAUUUUUACGAAAUUAAUAAUAUCAUUCGCAAGUCUACAAGUAUUUGAUAUACUACGUUGAAUAGAACUGGCGUUACUUUGCGGAAGUUCAUUAUGAACAGUGAAAAAUUGACAUAUUUUCUUUUUCUGUGACUACACAAUUGAACAUAAUAGUGUUGAUUGACUCUGUAAUAUUCAGUUGUGCAGUUGUGUUCUUCGGUAUUAUACUAAAAUUUGUUUAGUGUCAAACUUUAAGCCCUCAUUCGCACGUGAGUUUUUUUAGCGAUCAAAUAUAGUACCUAUGAAGUUAAAUGAAGAUCUAUUUCCAACGCUCGAAAAUGCUCAAAAGAAGCGUCAAAACGCUGUCGUGUGAACAUAUACCUACUUGGAAACGCAUUCCAACGAACGCUUUUUUAAAUAAACUCGCGAAUGAAGGCUAAGGCGUAUUGGCUGUAUUAGUGAGUUUACGCGGCGAACGUGCCGCCGUUCGAAUCGAAUACGUCGGUGGCCAUGUCAGUGGUGGAUUUGCCAGUAGGCUAAGUAGGCUGGAGCCUGCAAAUUUGACCCAAAAAACUUUAUCUUCUACAGAAAUAAAGAAAAUGUAACGAUAAUUUUAAUAUUUUAUUCCUGUACAUCCUGUACAGUCCUACUAAAAUAUUAAAACUUGCAAUUUUAUUGACACAAUAUAAGGUAAUUUUAUUGAUUGCGAACUAGGAUACCUAUCGAAUUUCAAAGUUCAGUAGGGGUUGAAAAAAUUCAAUAGCCUACUGGCGGCAAAUUUCUAAAUCCGCCACUGGGCCAUUUUAAGUUUGGUACAACAGUUUAUUAAAACAUUUUAUUAUUUUACCAAGGUUAGGAAUCAAUAUUUUUAAGUUUGGAGGUACCAGCAUAUUAUAGUCUGUGCAGAAAAAUAAAAUACAACACUAGUGCGGAAAAAAGGAACUAUUAAUUUCUUCUAGAAGUAGCAUGCUGUACACAGAUUGCUGAAAAAAUUGUGGCGCUCUUUUUUAUGGUCAGGUAUAACAUAGACAAUAUAACGCUACCUUCCGAAGUAACCCAUCGAAUUCAUGAGAGGGUUUUUUAAAAAAAACAUAACGAUCAACUUGAGAACCUCCUCCUUUUUGAAGUCUGUUAAAAAGUGAUUGUGCUUUCACCCGAUAAUGUGAGCCUUUGACUGCCAUCGACAGAUUCAUUCCCUCUGCAUGCUGAAAAGAAACUGUAUUUUAGUGUUUAAUUAGCUUAUUUAUUUGCCUAUAUUUUAGUUUUAAGUAGAUAAUUUUCAUUUAUAAUAAUAAUUGCUUAGUUCAUUCCGUUUGAAAAAGUGAAUCGCAUUAAGUUUUUUUUUUUUCUUUUCCUUCAAACCUAAAGGUGCUUUUCCACUUACUAGCAAUGUCAUACAAAUUAGUGUUUGUUAUUAGUUUUAUUCUUUCCUGACUCCGAACUUUUUGUUUCCGUUGUGUAUGUCCCUAAGUAACUUUUAAAAAUGAAUGUAAUAAAUUAUAAAUAUAACAGUGUAAUUGUAUGUAAAUAACAGAAACCAUAUUUUUUCAUAACACGAAACGCUAUUUCAUUGGCUGAAAAAGUGAUUAGUUAUUUUGUUUUGAAUGCAAUUUACUUGUAAUAAAUUAUGCAAUUUAAUGUUUAUAUACAGGAUGCUGGGGAAUAUUUCCCAUAACUCUGGGCUUAUAUUCUUUUCCGAAAAUUAAUUAAAAGUGUUUAAAGAACAUGUGUUCUAAAAUUAAUAUUUUCGGAAUAAAUAGUAAUAGUACGUCCCUUGUACGAUCCUUUUAUUUAUGACGCAGACUCAGUUUAAAUAAAACGCAACGAUAGAUAAAUGCGUGUGUUACAUGGAUAGUCGGAAUUAUUUGAAUUUUGUAUUACUUUGUAUGAAAACAUAAAAAAAAAAUAUUUUUUAGUUAAAAAAAUAUUAGUUAUGCAGUUCGGCUCCUAUAUGUGGAAUCGUCAACACCUUGAAGUUACGGGAAAUACUCCCGAGCACCCUGUAUAUACGUAUACGAAUUUCAAAAGACACGCUAUCUUUCAUAAUGUUUUACUAUGUUUGUGGUUGUAUUGAAUUUAUUGUACGAACAUUUUGAAGCCGUAACCUUUCUGAUGAUCAUUGAAAUAUUAUAAGUUAAUGGAUAAUAAUUUAUAAAA